GGCCCGGAGCGGAGCAUGGAGCAGCCUCCGCUCACUGCAUCUCCGGUUGAUACAAUCUGACUAGGCGAGUCUGCCUGCCUGUCACAUACUUAGCUCAUAUUAAUUGGAUGUCCGGUUUGCCUAUUGGGGGCUCAUCAGUGGAUCGAAUCCUUCCGCUUUGCCCGAUGGUCUUCCUCUGUGGGCCGUCGACGCGAUGGCAGUGCUGCUCUGCUGCUCCGUCCCACCUAUUGCAAGGCUAACAGGACCGGAAGACUCACUAGCAACCACCAACCAGCCAUGGCUGCAGUCUCAAAUCCACUAUUGGUCAAGCCAGAACUUGGGGUUCGUCAGCCUUGUGUCCCGCCGCUACAACCCCAAGACCCCCCUCACGCAUUGCACAUGUCUCAGGUUCUCUUCAAAAACCCUUUUUCCAUUUCCUGACUUGAGAAACUCCAAUAUUGUAUCGCGCAGCCAUGUCUCGAAAGCCCACUACAUCAGAACCGACGAAGCGGAGGAGAGCAGGCGGCACAAGGUCGCGGAAUGGGUGUCGCACCUGUCGCGCCCGCCGUAUUAAGUGCGACGAAACUCCAAACCAAUGUAAAAAUUGCACAUCAACCGGGCGCUCCUGCACCUAUGACAUCCACCGACUCCCGCGCGCAGAAAAUAACACGCACCGUCAUCCCCCAAACCUACUCACUCAAGUAACGGAUGGCUUUCGCUGGGCGAUAACAUCCGACGAGCGGCGCUGCUUCUCGCACUUUCAACACUUCACAAUCCCAGGACUACUGGAACUCUUCGACUCGGAACUAUGGAAACAGCUCGUCCUUCAGAUCAGUUACUCCGAGCCAGCGGUCUACCACGCUGCGGUAGCCUUGAGCGCCGUACAUCAGGACGUGGAGGUAUCGGGGAUGCCAUUGCCAGGUCAGACUCGGCAGAAUAUCUGGCAGAAGUUUGCACUCGAACAGUCCGCACGCUCGUUCGGGAUUCUGAGUCGACGGCAUGCGAGUGAUCCCCACUUGCGAGAAGUCAUGCUGCUCUGUUGCCUCCUGUACUCGCUCCUAGAGCUCUUACAAGGUCAAUACGAGCGAGCAUGCCACCAUCUCCAAGGCGGCCUACGCAUCCUCCGAGAGCUCAAGGUCCAGGAGCCUCUAGUAGACGAGACCGAAUCACCGGUGGAGAAAUGCCUAGUAGCAGCCUUCGUACAGCUCGAUAUCCAGUCGACAUAUUACGGCGUCGACGGGCCAGUUCUAUGCGUGGACAACGAACUAGGCAAGUACCAAUGGCAACUGAAGGAAUCCGACUCCUUCACAAGCCUGAUCGAGGCCCGUCAAGCCAUCGAGCCCCUAGUCAGUGGCGUGUUUCGUUUCACAUCGCAAUCCUGGCCACUAUCUCCCGCCGACGUGGCGAGAGAUUACAACUCCCUGCUUCCACGUCAAUACCAACUCCUCUCUCAACUAACCCACUACGCCGAACUAUUCACCCCAUUCUACAGCCACACAUACCCCACCCUCACACGAAAAGAGCAACGCGGCUCCGACAUCAUCUACAUCCUCCACCGGACCCUCACAUUAUCCGUGAAAACCUGCCUCCUAGCCAAGAACCCCGCCGUACUCGACCUCUACACACCAGAGUACCAAGAAGUAUUAUACCUCGUCGAGGCACUCUUACAGCGCUACCCGGAACGCCCAGCAUUCACACUCGACGUGGUCAUCCUACCCAGUUUAUACCUGAUCUCAUUCGGAUGCUACGAUAUCCGGGUACGACUACGCGCCAUCGAAGUGCUGCAGCAAUGGCCGCAUCGCGAAGGACUGUUCGAGUCGAAGUGGACAUCGUUCCUCCUACUCGAAUUUGUGAAAGCAGAUAUCAAGAAGGACGCGGAGAAUGUGCCAGCAGGAACGAUGGAUGAGAAGUCGGAUACUGGGUCAAGUUCCACUGCGAGCUCGCCAUCCGCUACGGUGGAUCAGUACAUGUCUACUGUGGGACACAUUGAGCGCAUUCAGCAGCAGAUCAUGAGUGGCCAGGACUUUGUCUUUCAGGAUGCCCUGCAGAGCGCGGAUUAUUUGACUUCGUGGUCGUGUGUGAAGGCGAUUGCGCCGAAGAGGGGGGCGCAUGCUUAACUGAAUACAUCAUACUGUGCCCACCCUAUCUACAAUAUACUAAAUAUAGUAUCUUAGAAAAGUGACACACAUUGCUAAUGAUCACCACUCAAGAACCACAAUGAUCCAUCUCCUCCCACCCCUGCCUCAACCGCGCAUAGCACUUCUGCAUCGGCCACGAAUGCAAAUCACGCGUCCGAUCAA